AUGGCCCAACCACACCUCACUCUCCUCUCUGACUUGACACCUUCCUCCCAGGAACGAACCUGGCUCACUGCCCCCCACCCAACCCUCCCAAUUGUGGCCACCUGUAGCUCCGACAAAACGGUGCGAAUCUACUCCCUCACAAACUUCAAGCUCCUCUCGACAAUUACAGGCGGACAUAAGCGUAGCGUACGAACUUGCGCUUGGAAGCCGCACGUUAAAGGAGAAAGUGUUCUAGCAACCGGCAGUUUCGACGCAACGGUCGGGAUCUGGCGGCGAUGGGAUAGCUAUGGACGGAGCGAAAAUGGAGAAGAAGACGCACAGGAUGAGGCCAAGACUAGUGAUGAAGAAGAAGAAUGGCGAUUUGCAGUGCUACUAGAUGGACAUGAUAGCGAGGUCAAGUCUGUAUCAUGGUCACCGUCUGGCAUGUUAUUGGCCACAUGUGCCCGAGACAAAUCAAUUUGGAUCUGGGAGGACCUCGACGAUGGCGACAACAAUUUCGAGACUGUGGCUGUGAUGCAGGAACAUGGCGGUGAUGUAAAGUGUGUGGCGUGGCAUCCUGUGGAGGAGUGUCUUGCGAGCGGUGGCUACGACGAUACAAUUCGAUUAUGGCGGGAGGAUCUGGACGACUGGGGCCAGGUAGCGUGUAUCAAGAAGCAUGAAGGAACAGUGUGGUAUAUUGAGUGGGAAGGUCCACAGAAUGUUCCGAAGUGCGUAUCCGAAAAUGAUGAUUCGACAUCACUGCAGAAUCAGUGGCGUGAGCAACAGGCUCUUUCCGGGCCACGAUUGAUCUCCUGCUCGGAUGACCGGACAGUACGUGUUUGGCGACGCCUACCCAAUGAAAGCAUGCAAUCUGGGGAACUUUCUUCAGCGACGACCGGAAUCCCGAGUAUCAUUCGACCGACAGGGACAGACGAGACAUGGGUCGAGGAUGCAGUGUUGCCACAUGCUCACGAAUUGGCUAUAUAUGCCGUGUCAUGGAGCCGAAAGACUGGCCUUGUUGCGUCAGUCGGUGCCGAUGGGCGUAUUGUUCUCUAUCAGGAACGAUUUGUGACAUCUUCGUCUGCGUCUGUCAUUGAUUCAGAUGCUAUGGACACAGACUCUCAUUCUCCUGAGAAACACCUCCAAACAGAGUGGACCAUUCUUGCGGUAUAUGAUGGUGCACAUGAUAUCUAUGAGAUGAAUCAUGUUGCUUGGGCGAAACGGGCAGAUCGCGGAUCUACAGAGGACGAAGAGGUCUUGGUAACGACAGCAGAUGAUGGUACGGUGAAGGUGUGGGCAUUGCAGUUAGAGUGA